CUAGCGGUCAUUAGAGGAUAUGAAAGUUUUGGGCACUUCCGUGUUUGUUUGGCGCCUUCCCUGAACACAAGGACAAGAAGUUUCAGCGGAUCAUUCAACAUGAAAGCUAAAGAUGCAUUGAGGAACAAUAAAACAGCCAUUCAUGGGAUUCUGUCCGGAGACAAAACGGAUUACCGCCUAAUCCUCAACAAAGUCCAUGAGAAAAAGCUCAUAACUCAGCGGGAGUACAACAACCUUAAAUACAUUGAACACGCAACUGUGGAGACGUACGUUGUUGAGCUUGUGGAUAAGAUCAUGAAUAAAGGAGAAGAACAAUGCAAAGAGUUCCUGGACCUCCUGCAAACCGAUGAUGAAAUUAAACAAACUUUCCCAGAGCUGAAUCACUUACAACUGAAUCACACCCGCUCUUUAUCCGAGCCCGUCCAAGCCUCUUCAAGCCUGCAUGGAGAUGGGAAGCAGCCAAAGGGUGAAGUUUAUCAAAUAAGCAGCCGGCCCGUCGGCCUCUGUGUGAUCAUAAACAACGAAAACUUCACGGAUGGCUCACAGAGGAGAGGAACAGAUAAAGAUGCCCAAAGCCUGGCGCAGGUGUUCAGCUGGCUGGGGUUCCGAGUGCUGAUGUGUAAGGACCAAACCAUGGAGCAGAUGGAUCUGACGCUGACGCGUAUCGCUUCUCUGGCAGACGUGGCUCAGCUGCAGGAGUUCAACUUUAAAGAGUGGUCUGGCAGCAGCUUCACUGAUCCUCAGCAGGGUCUUAAGCACGGUGAUGCCUUCAUCUGCUGUAUUCUGAGUCAUGGAAAAAAGGGUGUCGUUUUGGGGGUUGACUGGAAACCCCUUCCCAUUAAAGAAAUUACUAGAAAGUUCAGCGGGUCUGACCACUCAGCCCUCACUGGCAAGCCCAAAGCGUUCCUGAUCCAGGCCUGCCAAGGAGGUUUGAUUCAGCGUGGAGUGCUACUGAAAGAUUUGGAGGCUGAUGAUCAUGCUUCACCGUUGACCAUCCCUGUGGAAGCUGAUGUUCUGGUUGCCAUGGCCACUGUUGAAGAUCAUGCUGCAUUUAGAGACCUGACCAACGGGAGCUGGUUCAUUCAGUCUCUGUGUCAGGAGCUAAAUAAUCACUGUCCCAGGGGCGAGGACAUCGUCUCUAUCCUCAACUAUGUGAACAAUGAUGUAGCGCAGAAAGAGGGCUCAUCAUUACCUGGAGCAGCGAAGCAGAUGCCUGAAGUCAAGUUCACCCUGAGGAAGAAACUUGUGCUGUUGCCUCAGUGCAGCUAAAUCACCACAAAUCAGGGAGCAGGUUUCUUAAAAUGUUUUUUAUGUAUUUUUCCUCUUUUUUAUCAUUCCAAAUCUUUUAUUUUCAUAUCUCUUAAACUUGUAUUGAGUCAUUGCAUUUUAUUUGGAGGCUAUAAAAUUUAUAAAAAUAAAUCUCAGACUGUGACGAUAACUGUGAGUACAAGGUUUAGUUAAGGGGGGGUAUUCAAAGGCUGUAUUUAUAACAAUUCACAGCAGCUUUUAACAAGCUGAAGCUGUAAAUAGUUAAACCUGGUAACACGUCUACUAAAAAGUUUCGACUGAUUUAUUUUUAUAUAAUAUGUAAACAGGAAGUUUACUUAAAUAAAUGCAUUUGGAGCUUAUUUAGAUUAAAGGAGGAACGCUAUGCAAUAACUACACAGAAAUGAAAACCUGUUUGUUGCUGCAUAAAUUCACACAAAUGUAUAAAAAUAAAAAAUGAUGUGAACAUGAGGACGAACUAAAUAAGUCUUUGGUUUUUCUGUUUUGGUGAGUUCUCACUCCGAUCAUCUGGAUAUUAUUAUUGUAAUGUGCCUAUAGCUAUAAGAGUGAAAGCAGCUUGUAUGAAGCUUAGUUUGUGUUUUUUAUAUAAGGGGGCAGGUCUUGAUAAGUGUUACACUUCUACCUACUCCCUUUAUAGGAUUGAACAUGUUUAUUUACACCAUCAUGAGUUUGUGUUUGACUCCAGUCUCAUCGCUGGGUUUUUGUUUUGCACUUCAUUCU